GUUUCACAACACAUCUAGACGUUCCACAUGCGUCAUCAUGAGGGGAACAUCUGAACAACCGCCAUCACAAGAACACAUGGCGGAGAGUGAAAUAUUCCUUGACGAUGUCACUCGCAAUGUGUCGCGAGAGAACAGAAAAAGAAGUUCCGAUACAACCAGAGAGGAAUGGACGAGAAAAAGAGAGUACAUCCUGUCGCUCCUUGGGUUCUCUGUUGGCCUUGGGUCUCUGUGGCGAUUCCCCUACCUUUGUAACAGGAAUGGCGGUGGUGCGUUUCUCAUUCCUUACUUUAUUGGAAUCAUCACGUGCUCUGUCCCGCUGUUUUUCCUGGAGAUCACCAUCAGCCAGUUCUCAAGCAGGAGUGCAGCACACGUAUGGGUCCUCUGUCCUCUGUUUAAAGGUAUCGGUAUCUCUCAGGUAUUCGCCUGUUCGUUCGGAAGUGUGCUGUACAAUGUAAUAAUUACCUGGUCCAUGUAUUACAUCUACACGUCCUUCUGGUCCGUGUUGCCAUGGACAACGUGCGACAACUGGUGGAACACUCCCUUGUGCGUCAAUAGGCUUGGGAACGUUUCAUCCAUCAACGAGACCCACGCCAACACAAAUGUAGUGGAUGACCGCCUUUUCAACUCAGCAUGGAGAAAGUCGAAUGUAACAUUGACAGCAUCAGAAGAAUUUUGGCAAUAUGGCACACUGAGGGUGUCCAGUGGAAUCAACAACUUCGGGUCAGUCCAGGUUCAUCUCCUUCUCUGUAACCUUGCUUCCUGGGUUGUAGUGUUCCUUUGUCUCAUGAAAGGCAUCAGGUCUGUAGGAAAGGUGGUAUAUGUGACUGCAUUGGUGCCGUAUAUCCUGCUGACGGUGCUGCUGAUAAGGUCGUGCAUGAUGCCGGGAGCAGGAGAUGGGAUUGUGUACCUCUUACGUCCAGACUUCUCACGACUAGCGUCUGUUCAGGUGUGGUUAGAAGCGCUGCUCCAAGGCUUCUAUUCAACGAGCGUUACGUACGGCGCACUCAUCACCAUGAGCAGCUACAACAACUUCAACAAUAGACCAUUGAAAGACGUGGUGUUAGUGAUAGUCAUUGGUGAAGCAAGUAGUAUAUUCUGUGGUCUGGUGGUCUUCUCAACUCUGGGCUUCAUGGCACACCAGGCGCAGAUACCGAUAUCAGAAGUUGUAUCCUCGGGUUCUGGUCUCGGUUUCAUCAUCUACCCAGAGGCCAUCGCCCAGCUUCCUGUGUCUCAGCUGUGGGCAGUCCUGUUCUUCAUCAUGCUCUUUAUGAUGGGAAUAGAUUCUAUGUUUGGUCUUACGGAAACAACCAUAGCUGGAAUCAUAGAGGCGUGUCCAAAAUACCUUCAACAACGGAGAAUGUGUGUGACUGCUGGGGUGUGUCUAGUUAGCUUCGUUGUGUCCAUUCCCUUUGUAACCGAGGGUGGGAUCUACCUCUUCCAACUGUUAGACUGGUACGCCUCCGCCUUCAGCACACUGCUCAUUGGCUGUCUCGAGUGUGUCGUCAUCAACUGGAUAUACGGUUCAAAGAGACUCAGCAAUGAUAUUGAGAUGAUGACAGGAAGGCGAUUUCCAGUGUUGCUCAAAAUUCUGUCAUCCUAUUUAACGCCUUUCAUUCUCUUUGCUUCCCUGAUAUGUUCCCUGUUUCUGUAUGACCCGCCAAGCUAUGGCGAGUACAUCUACCCUGAAUAUGCAAAGGUGAUUGGUAUCAUGGUUGCAGUGGUGAUGUCUUUGCCCAUACCUAUCACCUUUGUGUACCAAGUUGUAAAGGGAAAGGGGAGCCUUUGCGAGCGUUUGAGGCUUGCAAGCAGACCUUCACCUGAGUGGGGACCAUCACGGGCCGACGAUAGAUAGAUAGAUAGAUAGAUAGAUAGAUAUUCAGUCUUUAUUUCCUCCAUUUUAUUCAGUGGUAAGACAACAUUUAUAGGAUAACAUAUGUAUAAUAUUGCUUGAGGCGUAAAUAAAUCGAGAAUUAUCAUUUUGCUAUUACAAGUGUACGCUUGCUGACAAUAUAUACAUUGUUUAGUUUACAUGUUAACAGCCAUGGAGGACUUCAUUCAACUUUUUAACUGCACCAUCAAUAUUUAUCAUCCUUUCUGGUUGUCACAUUCACCGCCUUCAAAUUGUUGGUAUACCUCAAAGUAGAAACGACAUAACGAUAUCACCGUCAGUUCAGAUUCUAACAAAUAUAUUAUCAUCAAGCAAAUCAUUUUAUCGAAGAUGAUGUUUCCUUCUACUAAAUUCUUUUGACAGGACAUAAAAACGUCUUUUACAAUAUCAUUCGCAACUGUUCCACAUUGCAACUAAGCGAACAAGCCUAAGUUAACUAAGUUUAAGUAGUAAAACAUUUUAAUUCAUAGCAAGUUUCCAGAUCGUAUUUUUACAUGUCUAGACAGAGAUACUCUGGUCUGAAGCGCAUUGUUUAAUAAUUGCUUUUCGUGAAGGUGAAUCUUUUCUUUCAUCAGCAGCGACAACAAUCGUUUCUUGAUGAAGCUUGAACACAUUUUAUAAUUUUUAAAUCAUAUUUGGAGACAAGACGUAGCAUGCUAAAUAUAGGGGAUUUGAUAUCCCACUUGUUCUUAUUAGCUUGUGUUGCUUAAUAGCUAAACUGUGGAAGUCGGCCUAGACACAUGUCUUGAAAAUAUUCAUUAGAUUUGCAUUACAUACUUCACAAAGGAGCAAGAGAGUUUGUUGAUAAAUGUAUCCUUGUGUGGAUAUUAAAUCGAUUGUGACUCUAAAACUAUUUCAUUAGGCAUGCGCUAAUUAAAACCCUGGACUUUCUUACAAAACUAGCCUUGAGUGGUUUCAAGCAUGUCAUAUUCCUUCAAGGGACGGUUGGGUAGCCUAGUGGUUAAAGCGUUGGCUCGUCAUUCGGAAGACCCGAGUUCGAUUCCCCACAUGGGUAAAAUGUGUGAAACCCAUUUUCCGGUGUCCCCCUCCUUGAUAUUGCUGGAA